AUGUUGUGCAAUACAUGCACUGCUAUGCUCUUCCAACUAAGACAAGAUCACCACCACACUACUCUGGAGUCCCUCAUCACUGCGAAAGAAGAGAGAUGCUACAUUUGCGCCCCUCUGUGGGUACAUGUACAUCAAAAGUUCGGUCCUCCUGCGGAGUUGCUGGAAUUUCCUUUCCUGUUUGUCAGCAUCCCGCCCUUUGAUCGCUCAACGGGGUUCGUCUUCAUUGUCUUUGAUUUAGUCGGAGAUGAAAGGCGAAAAGGUGAAUAUGCUUGUCAUAUUCGGACAGGCCUUGAGGUCCAAGCUGUCAACGACAUUCGCGAGAGACUUACAGAGGAUAUGCUUGACCAGGGCAUUAAAAAGACGCAGAGGUGGAUGGCUGAGUGCUUCAAGUCCCACGUGCGUUGCCAGAAGAAUACCAAUCCAACAAUCUAUCCUACGCGCCUUCUGAAGUUAGAAGAGGGCAGAGUGCGCCUCACAAUCACUGCCGAAGAGGAGCCACAAGGGCCCUAUAUUGCUCUCAGUUACUGCUGGGGCAAAGACCCAACAUUCCUUCGGCUAGAGGAUUCAACAUGCGAGGAGUUGAAGAAAGGCGUCGCCAUCUCUCGCCUUCCCACGGCAUUUCAAGAAGCGACAUGCUUCAUUCAAAACUCUCUCUGGGCGAAAUCCAGAUCCGCUAUCUUUGGAUCGAUGCUCUAUGUAUCAUUCAAGGCCAAGCUUCCAACGAAGACUGGCUCUCCGAAUGUCACAAAAUGCAUCUUGACCCUUGCUCUUGCUCGAGCCGAGAACCCGCAUCAAAGCUGUCUGGGGGGUGGUCCUCUCGGCUUGGUUUUGCCCUUCGAGGUGGCAUCGACUGAAUUCUCGUCAGAUAGUGGGAAGUGCGUGGUUUAUUCCACCACGUUCUAUGCCGAUCUGCUCUACAACCAGCCCCUUUGGUCCCGUGCGUGGGCCAUGCAGGAACGCAUUCUCCCACCGCGAGUUAACCAUCUUAUUCGCGGAUUGGAUCCAUAUUCCGAUAAACCCUGUGCACGUGAAACCGAUAUCGAAACCCUUCGUAAGCAGUGGGCAAACAUAGUGGCUGAAUAUACGAAUCGCAAGUUGACUUGUCCCGAGAAGGACAAACUGCUCGCGAUAUCUGCCCUCGCGAGACGCUGGGAGGUCGCGAUGCAGGAUGAAUAUAUCGCAGGCCAUUUCUGGAGUAUGCUGUCUUACAGUUUGGACUGGGCGAUGAAAGCCAACUCGACUCGGCCGCCGAGAAGGAUUCAAGUCGUCUGGAAGCAAGCUGAUGACGGCAGAUCCAUCACGGUCCCGAGUUGGAGUUGGGCGUCCAUGGAUGGAUGCCAGGUGCAUUCCUUGACCAAAUCGGACAGGGACUUUGUGCAUGUUCAAAGUUGGAGGCUGAUUCCAGGUCCCACGGAGGGAACCUUGGUGCCUGCAUUGACAAUACUGGCAGACGUUGCGGAUAUCCCACAGGUAGACGGAACAUAUCGGGUUAGGGAUGAUUCUUGUAUGAUAUUAAUUGACGACCCAGAGGCUGACGAUGAGACGCAUGAAUGCCGGCUUGUCCGCCUCACGUCAACUGGCGGCUUGAUAGCCAGGCGAGGGGAUUCGGUGACGGGACCGGUAUACAGGAGGGUAGGUUAUUUCAUUCUCGUCGGGAAAUUUGGAAAGAUCAUUGGGAGGAGGGAGAAAGAGACUGUCACGUUGAUCUAG